AAAUGCCGAUGUUUGCUUUAGUGCCGUGAAACUGGUGGCGUCACAUCAUCCACAAACACUAAACAGCCCCACAAGGCAGAUAGCGGGCAAGAUCUUUGAAAAAGAGUCAUAAAACUUGCAAUUCUCAAAUCGCAAUUGUCGCUCUUGCGAAUCCGGGGGCCUCGCAUCGUCAUGACGCGCUUUCGUCCCUGCAUCGACCUGCAUGCCGGCCAGGUGAAGCAAAUUGUCGGCGGCACCCUGGACAGCUCAUCCGAGGCCCUCCAGACGAACCACGUCUCGCAGCAUCCGGCGGAGUAUUUUGCGCAGCUGUACAGGGACAAUGAGCUUGAGGGCGCUCAUGUGAUUAUGCUGGGCGGGGGAAACGAUGGCGCUGCGAAACAGGCUCUGCAGGCAUGGCCUGGAAGACUCCAAGUGGGAGGCGGCAUCAAGGAUACGAAUGCAAAGGAGUGGAUUGAUGCGGGAGCAGAAAAGGUCAUCAUCACGUCCUAUCUCUUCCCGGAUGGCCAUUUCAGCCAGCAGAGACUGGAUGCUGUACUUGGGGCUCUUGGAGGAGACAAGGCAAAGCUGGUCAUUGACCUCAGCUGUCGCCGUCAGGGGGAGAAAUGGUUUGUUGCCAUGAACAAGUGGCAGACGCUGACAGACAUGGAAAUCAAUCAAGAGUCAAUAAAGCUGCUGGAGCCCUACUGCUCAGAGUUCCUCAUCCACGCCGCGGACAAUGAAGGGCUGCAAAAGGGGAUAGACGAGAAGCUUGUUGAGCGCCUAGCAGAGUGGUGCUCUAUUCCGGUCACAUAUGCCGGCGGAGGUCGGCAAUUGGAGGAUUUGGAAACGGUCAAGAGGCUGAGCCGGGGUAAAGUCGAUCUCACGAUAGGGAGUGCUUUGGAUUGUUUCGGCGGGACGGGCGUCAAGUUUGAUGAUUGUGUGCAGUGGAAUAGGAGCCAGGGGGUCUGAACAAAGCCGUUUGUUGACAUACAAAAAAAAUCCCCCCAAAAAUCCAUGGAUAAGAAAUGGCCCGACACUAAGGGACCGCCAGUGUGGAUGGAGUAUGUUAUGUAUGUUGUGUUGCAAUGUGCCGUGCAGGUUACCGUCAUAAAAAUAGAGUUUACCACCCUGGAUCAAACAAGAUUGUCCAUCUGCUGGCCCUCAGGUAGGACUGGAGUAAAGCCUGGGUUCGUUGAGUUGGUUGAGCCUUACGGGAUCGGAGUGGAUCAAAGGAGGUCAUGCUCCGUAUAAUAUACGAGUCCACAUACAUACACAA